AUGCAAUUCCUUUUGAUAAUCCCGCUCAUUCGAUUCGUUUUGAGUCAUGACGCAUUUUUUGCGUUGAUGGUCACUAAUAAUGCGGUAAUUCAACAAGUCACACAGAUUCAGACAAAUUUAACUCAAGCCAAUCCACAAUUUGUUAAAUAUCUUCAUAACUCUUCAUUCCUUUUCGUCAAGCUUAACUCGAUUCAAUUUGAUGAUCAAAAUAAGCCGAGACUCGACAAUUUGAUAAAUUAUCUUCCAAAGAAUUUAUGCAACAUUUCCUAUUCGGUUCCAGUCCUCUUUGCAGGAACGACAAUUCAAAAAAAUCGAACAUUAAUUGGUAAAAUGAACGCGAUGUCGAGUCAAGUAAUCACAACAGUUCACAGCGAAAUAAAUCGUCAAUUGAAUCAAUCUCAAAUCAAUGCAACCGACGUUUUCGACAUCUACAGCCCAAAAAUGGAUUUGCUCGAAUUGGACGACUCGAAACACGACGAUCUUCUCCAAAUCAUGACCAACCGAACGGCGGAUUUCCAUUUGAGCGCCGGCGAUUUUGUGAAAGAAAUUGUUUUGCUCAAUGCCUCGACAAGCUCCGGCUCAUUCCAUGACGUGCUGGCGCGUGCUCCAUUAGCGCCAUGUGCCAAUAUAAGUGAUUUCAAGAUCCAUUUGCUAACCAAUAAUCGCGUGCCGAUCGGUCUCGCUUACAUUUGA